UGUGAUUGAUCUUUGAACACAUAGCCCAUUGUAUUUUGUUUUUUCAAAUAUUCGGCGCUUUUGUUUUGUGUAAAGCUAAUUUGGGCAAGGCCUCAGAAGUAGCAUAGCUUUCCAGCUGUCUGGGUUGGGUAAAUAGUUGAUUUGUGACCGAUUUUGUUUUCAGAUAAGUGAAAAAAGUAGUUAUUAUUCAAGAUAAACGUAGGUUGAAUAGUUCUUGUGUAUCUACACUAUUCAUAGCUUGUUAGAGAGCUCAUGCUAAGAAAGCUAAUGCUACUUUCACUUGCUUGAGUAGCUGCUUUAUUUGCGGUUGUGUUAACGCUGGCGGCGUAUGUGCGAAAUAAACUACAUAUGGGUCAGUUCCAGCAUUCAUGUGACUCGUCUUAUAUCAUCUCAUUUGUUAUUUCUUUCAGUUGACAGGGCCGAAGUAUGAGGCUGUACAGUCUUAGUGUUAUUUACAAAGGGGCUACUAAAGCCAACCUCCUCAAAGCAGCCUAUGACCUCUCUUCCUUCAGUUUCUUUCAGCGCUCCAGUGUUCAGGAGUUUAUGACCUUCACCAGUGCCUUGAUUGUGGAAAGGACAACACAGGGUAGUCGUGCCUCUGUAAAAGAGCAAGAAUACCUAUGUCAUGUCUAUGUGAGGAACGAUAAUUUGGGUGCUGUUGUCAUAGCAGAUACUGAAUAUCCUCAGCGAGUCUGUUUCACUUUACUUGAUAAGGUAUUAGAUGAGUUCUCCAGGCAAGUGGACAGUAUAGAUUGGCCUUCAGGUAACCCUGAAACCAUCAACUAUAAAGCGCUAGAUGUUCAUUUGGCUAAAUACCAAAAUCCCAGGGAAGCUGAUGCAAUGACCAAAGUGCAAGCAGAGCUGGAUGAGACAAAGAUUAUUUUGCACCACACAAUGGAAAGUUUGCUGGAGAGGGGGGAAAAACUUGAUGAUCUUGUUGCAAAAUCUGAGCACCUGGGGACUCAAUCCAAAGCUUUCUACAAAACUGCACGGAAACAGAACUCGUGCUGUGAAAUCAUGUGAUGUUGCUGCCUCGUCCAUUUGGACAUGCCUUUCUCUGCCUUUCUACUUCUCCUCCCAUCAUGCACCAGCCACAAAGUCUCCGCAGCUGCAGCAGAGCCACUGGCUUAUGCCCGGUUCAGGCCUGGGGUCUGAAGGAGCAAGGGGCUGAAGGUGUGUGAUGGGGACUGAUCUGAGGAAGACAAAAGUUAAUUUAACUGUGUGUCUUAAUCUGUGCGGUAUUUCAACCAGCUAAAGACACUAUGGUGUCAUGUUCACUCAUCAACAUUGCUAUGUUACACUUUUAAGUCUCAUUUUAAUUCUGAACAACUUAUUUGAUGAUGAGAAAAAGUGUUAAGCAACUUUGUUAUGUUGCUGAAAGGAACAUUUGACAAUCUCUCAGUCUUCUGUUUUGAAAAUUUACUGUACAUCUUUGUUUUAAAAGCUUCAAUGACAGUUACUCACAAGGUGGCACUGUUGAUCUAUUUGAUUUUAACUUUUUAAAUUUUGGUCUGACAUGAGGUGAAUAUGCAUAUCACAGUCUCAUUUUACAAUGGUUGUAAACAUCUUAUUAUAAUCAGUUAUGUAAUCUCAUUUAAAGAGUCUUAUACAUUCCUAGUUUGAGAGUUGGCAGAUUUGAUAUGAAAGAUAAUUUGUGUUAGAGUGUUCAGCUGAAGCCUUAUAACUUUUAACCUCUCUGCUCUCUCAUCUCACAAAGCACUUCAAAGCUUUUUGUAUUGUCAUUUUCACACUUUAUUAUUAAUAAUUAUAGAGAAAGAGAUUUAAAUGAAAGAAGCACAUUCAACGAUAAUUUCAUACACUCCACCAGUUUAAUAUUCUCAACAACCAUAUUUAAAAUGGAAGAGAGGCCUAUAGUUUGAUAGUUAUUUCUUGUCUGUGUAUGAGGGAUGUGGCCGUUAAUAUUCUGGCUUAAUCAAUGUUGGAGGACCUGUGCAUCUGUUAUCAAAGUUUGCUCUUCUGCUUUUAUAGUGUAAACAUUUGUGCAAUAUGUGUGUGUUUCUCUCAGAUUAAGAGUAAUGGCAGUCCAACUUUUUAUCUCCCAUUUGAUUAUGUAAUUGGAUACAUUCUGUGUGAAGCUUUUAUGUAAUUGUGAAUGUGCAGUUGCAGCAAGGCUGGCGCAGCUCGCUAUCUGUUCUUGACAUAAGUCAGUCUACACUAUUUUGACCUAUGCGGUCUGAAAAUCUUUUCUGUAUGUAAUAAAAUUCUAGAAAUAAA